GCAACCCUUGCAGGAGAAGAUCCCCUGAUCGCCCACUGUUUCGCACGGCAACAUCAACGCCGCCAUCAUGCCGGGCGAACUUAUCCGAGACGAGACAGACCGGGAUGCCCAGCUGACCAUGUGACGAAAUGGAUUCCAGCAGGAGGCCGGGCAGGCAGGAGGGCAGCCGGCCGGCGAAAUUUCCGAGCCCCGGCCAGUCAAAUUCACGCGCCCAGGUCCAUGCCGGGAAGGCUCCAACCCGCCUGUAUAAAAGCGCACGGCCCCGGUCCUUGGCACGGCACGAAGCAAUCAAGCAACGCAAGCAAGGGCGAGAUUGCGAGAACCACUUGGCGUGAGAGAAAAAAAGAAGCUUGGAACACCCAGCACCAAUGGAGGGACUGAUCCCGUUCGUGAUCGACACGUUCAGGAGGAGCCAGGAGCGGAGCGGCUACCGCUCCGUCUCGUCGGACGGCGGCAGCUCCCGCGGCGGGGGCAGCAGGAGGCACCUCAUCGACUACUCGGAGCUGCCCGACGCCGCAGCCGCGGCGAGCGUCGUCGACAGGGCGUCCGGCACUCUGCACCGCCGCGCGCGGUCGGACUACGUGGAGACGACGGCCGUGCGUCGCAGCGAGGAGCGCGGCAGGCCGGCGGCCGUCGUCGCGGGGUCAGCCUAUCGCCGGAAAUGAGGGACGGUGGCAAGGUUGCGUGCGUGCUUGCUGCCUCUGAACUUUGGAGGACGCAGGAGCAUCAGCGAUGCAGCAUGUUGGGGGAGUAGUUAUCUACAAUUUGUUCUGUUUAAUUCGUUCUUAGCCAUGCAUCAGUGUAAUAAUCAAAGAAGAGAAAGCUCAGCUCGUGAGCGUAACAAGGCGCUCACGGCUCGCAUUCUCGUAAGCUCAAGGACAAACCUGUCUUUGUGUUGCUGUUCCGAAGGGGGAAAAAACGAAAUGUGUGUGUGUGUGUCUAUAUAUAUAUAUAUAUCCGAUCUUUUUGACUUGUGUAUUCUAUUCAUGUCUGAAAUGAAUAAAAGAAUGGUGAAAAAA